ACUUAGUUUUAUAUAGUAUUACUGUAAUUAAAUAAAUACUAUUACUCCACUCACAUCAUUAUCAAUCCCAAUCAGCCGUUUUUCCCUUGGCCCUUUUUUGCUUUUCCUUUUGGCAAUCGACUACUGAUAUCCUCCUAGUGAUAAUCAGCGCCCCCCUCCCCUCUCUCUCGCUCUCUCUCUCUCCAAUUGUUUGUUUUCAAGUCUUUGUGCUGUUCCAGGGGUUGGAAUUCGGCACAGAUGUAUCCCUGCAGAUUGUUUCAGCCCCAUCUCAAACCAAUCGCUUCUCAAAACCAAGAGGAAGAAGACCAUAACAUUCCUGGUGAAUCUGCCGCUAUCGUCUCCAAUCAGAAGCAGCAGCACAAAGGGGACCCAUGCCUCGUCCUCACUUCAGAUCCCAAACCUCGUCUCCGCUGGACUUCUGACCUCCACGAACGAUUCAUUGACGCCGUUACUCAGCUUGGUGGCCCCAGCAAAGCUACACCAAAGGCUAUAAUGCGGACAAUGGGUGUAAAGGGACUGACUCUUUUCCACUUGAAGAGUCACCUCCAGAAAUACAGACUAGGUAAGCAAUCUGCGAAAGAUUUGGGUGAGCCUUCUAAAGAUGGACUCUCAGCUUCUCACCUUGUGGAAAGACCUUAUACCAGUAAUUCUUCUCCAAGCUUGCCAACUUCUGAUAUGAAUGAGGGUUAUGAAGUCAAGGAGGCAUUGAGAGCACAGAUGGAAGUACAAAGUAAACUGCAUCUGCAAGUUGAAGCUGAGAAGCACUUGCAGAUACGCCUGGAGGCAGAACAAAGAUAUCUGGCCAUGCUGGAAAGAACAUGCAAGAUGCUCGCUGAUCACAUUAUUGGAGCUGCAAUGACAGAGAUUGAGAAACAGAAUAAUGAAGAAUUGGGAACAGCGGCACCAGCAAGUUGCUCCCACAGUCCUCUGGGUUUUUACCGGGAAGAAGUAAUACCUGGAAUCCAUCCCCAAUCCCACAGGGCUGAUUGUUCCACUGAGAGCUGCCUGACCUCACAUGAGAGUACUGCGGGAUUACCUCUCCAAGGAUCCCCACCCAGAGGGAAGAGACAGAUGCUAAACAUGGACUCAACCACCACAUCUCCGAUUUGGGGUGAAUCAGGGAUGACAAUGCAAGUUGUUCAAGUUAGUUCCAUGGAAUCACUCGGUAUGGGUAAAUAUUUUAAUUGAUGGGACCUUGUUACAAUCAGAGAAAUUUGUACAUGUUUACUUACUGCUUCGUUACCACCUCAAAAUGGAAGUGCCAGUGUGGUCUAGUCUGCAAAAACACAAGUAUUUGUACCCUAGUUAACUUCUCUUAAGCUGUAAAUUUUAGCCCAGCUAACAUUUUAGCGAUAGCAAAGACACUGCUUUUCUACUGAUUUUUGCCAA